UGUCUUUGUCUAGUUGAUGUCUAGAAUGAAUUUUAUAUUAGGUACAAAAUACAAAACAAAUCGAAUCACUUUUAACUUUUCUCCAUAAGGAGUGAUAUUAUUGCUAGGUUAAUUAAAGUUUAGAAAGAUAUAAUGGCGCAAACAGCAGGUGUCCAACCUAUGCCCAUAGCUGGUCGAGUAGCCAUAGAACGAGAAAGAUGUUUAGGAAUGACUGCCGCCGAGAGAGAAUGGCGUAAACAGUGGUUAAAGGAUCAAAUAUUGGCUCCCAACGAACCUGUCCAUGUCGAAGAAUACUGGAGAGAGAGAACUAAUCCUAUUCGGCGAUUUUACCGGUGGCCACUAGAUACUUUAUACCGUGUUCUUUCCCCUGUUUUGGGUGAAACAAGAGCUGCUGACUAUAGGUACAUUAUUGGAAAAACAGGAUUGAUUGCUGUUGGAAUUUUGUGUACUCAUUAUUAUUUCAAAUAUAAUGGGAAUGACUGGACCAAAAAAGGUGGUUGGAGAGUUAUAAAAUCAAAACCAAUGGUUCUCCCUGGACAGGAUGGUUUCCCAUUCCAGUCACAAAUGAAGGAAUCAGAUUAUGCAGCGAGAGGAUUUAAAAAUUCUGUUUUCUUCAAGUAGUCAAACACCAGAUUCUAAUCACCUAUGAAAUGUUAUAGAAAAUAAAUGUUUUACCUAGGAUUCAA